CCGUUUUACUUCCGACUCGACCUUGUUUAUCACACGCUUUCGAUACGACGCUGCCUCUGGCGGUGCUUGUUCGGGGUGCUGUCGAUUUGCUCUGGUCCAGGGAGUGGUGAUGAUCUUAACCUUUUCUCGAUGUCAGACUUCGGUCGGUCGGACUUGGUGGGUGUCGAGGAGGUCUGA